AUGUUAAUGAAGAUGAAAAGUGGGACCACCUUCCUCUCGCCUCCCCCUUCUCCAUCUGUGCCCCCAAUCCCCCUGUCUUCCUCACCUGCACUGACGCUUUGUUCUGAACUUGAUUUGUCUGUACUGGCCAGCCCAGGCCCGGAGCACCCCAAAAGACAGAUGAAAAAAAAAGGAGGAAGAAAGAGAAAUACAAAGGUGCAUUGUGAGGAGCCUGCUGUGGUGAAAGUAAUAUCAGAGCCACAAGUUUCACUGCAGAGUCUCGCACAACCUCAGCAGCCAACCAGCAAUCAAAGGAGGUGGAGAGAUAAUUUCCAUAGGAACCAGAAUCCAAAUACCACAAUCCAGAGUGCGGCGCUAAACGCUGCGGCGUUCUAUGACCACCCAGACAAUCUUGAGGAGGUGGAGCUCAACACUACAUUGGCUCUAAGAGCAAAGAUGUUGGCGUUGCAGGUGGAAGAGUUUGACACACACAAAGCUGUUCAAGAGACCUUACAAAAAGUGGAGAGAAAAAAACAGAUAAACAACAGAGCAACACAAGGAAUCAACGUCUCUUUGUCUCAGACCCUUUUCAGCUCAUUGGUCAGCGUGGAUGUGCCUGACAGUGAUCUGAUAAGCCACGCUGUUAAAGAGAAGCUGGUUUUAGCCCCACCAACCCGAAGUCUUGACAACAAAGCAGCAGCAAGCCCCUCCCCACACAUCUUUUUUACCUCUGACUUGUUCAGACAGAAGCCACUCCCCCUGGAGGAUGAGCGAGUCAAUAGCAACCCUGUCCCGUCACCUCGUCCGGGCUCCUCUACGUUUGACCUUUACAGACGACGUUGUCGUUGGGAAGCCACCCCUUAA